UUGGACCUGUGUGCUUGAGCGUUGAAAUCUCUUCAAGCGUCUUUCUCCGUUUCUUCCUUCCAGAGUCCAAAAGAAUACGUGUGAAAUGUUGACUCUUGAUUCUUGAAAGGUGUAACUGUGUAAGUGGUGUGUGUUUACUUAGAGCUUUCCUCCUGAGAAUCUUAUCUUUACUCUUUACUCUUUAGACGUGCUCUGUUUAGAAUAGGAAAGGAUGGAUAAGAAUGAAGGUGAUGAUGCUCUUGUAGAUUCCAUCAAAGCUAAGUUAGACUCUUUGUCUUCUCUUACAACCCAUUGUUGUAUCUACAAGGUACCUAAUAAGCUUCGCAUACUCAAUCCUGAUGCAUAUACGCCUCGGCUUGUGUCAUUUGGCCCUUUGCAUCACGGUAAAGAAGAGCUUCAAGCCAUGGAAGAGCAUAAAUACAGGUUUAGGAUAACCUCAAGCUCACUUCAAGCUUAUCUCAACAAAGAUCGCAUAUUUGGUAAUUCAGUGAUGAUCACCGACGUGUGUCGUGACAUGAUGUUGAUCGAGAAUCAGUUUCCCUUUUUUGUCGUAAAGGAGAUUUUUCUUCUUUUGUUUGUUUACUACCAACAAGGAACGCCUUCAAUCCUAAAGCUUGCUCAACGCCAUUUCAGCUGUUUCUUAAGUAACAUUGAUGAUGAGAUGCUUACUUCAGAACCAAAGCAUUUUGUUGAUCUUCUGAGGUCUUGUUAUUUGCCACUGGUCCCAGCCAGAUUGAAAGAAACCACAUUGAAGGUUGAAAAUGCACCUGAGGCAACAGAGCUACACACUGUUGGUGUUAACUUCAAGCCAGCAGAGGCCAGUUGUUUACUUGACAUUAGCUUUUCUGAUGGAGUACUCAAGAUUCCUACCAUCUUCAUCGAUGAUCUCACAGAGUCCCUCUACAGAAACAUCAUUGCGUUUGAACAAUGUCAUUGCUCAGAUAAGAACUUCCUCCACUACAUCAGGUUGCUCGGUUGCCUCAUUAAAUCCCCUACUGAUGCUAACUUACUCAUCCGCAGUGGGAUCAUCAUGAACAAUCUUGGAAACGCAGAAGAUGUUUCAAAGUUGUUCCAUAGCAUCUACAAAGAGGUUAUAUUUGGUAGAAGAUUCUACUUUCAGACAAUUUCAGAGAAUCUUCAAGCUUACUGCAACACACCAUGGAACAGGUGGAAGGCGAUUCUGAGACAUGACUUCUUCUACUUCCACAGUCCUUGGUCAGUUGUUUCUGUUUUUGCUGUUAUACUUCUUAUCAUUCUCACUUUCAUACAGGUUGUAUGCUCUAUCUUGGCUCUGUAAAAGUCUUUUGGAACAUCACUUGGAUCAUGGAAACAACAUUUUGUCAUAUGAAUGAAUAUUAUCGUUACUGGUUUACAAUUUUGUUUGGUUCUUCAAAUUUUCCAUGAGAUGGCACACUCCCUAGAGAAGCAUAAGGCGGUGGAUAACGUAACACAAAACAACUGUUAUAGCUAGGCAAAUAAAAAGGACAAAUUACAUAUAAAGUAUUCAAUAACUGUAGAGACCAAAAAUAAUGUCUGAAACUGGGAUUAGUCACCUGAUGCAAGUGCUUGAGCGAUGUGCUGACUUGGCCACCACUUGGGUUGUAUGGUUUGAUUUCAUCUCGUAAACUGUCAAAUUCAGUUAGAAAGCCACUAAUCUAAUGUCCGCUUCGCCAUCCUAUAAGUGUUUUGACUCCGGAGUCUAUAUAAUGGGCCUUGGGCCGAAACAUGAAGCCUUAAAAAUAUUUUAUAUUGUCGUAUAAAAAACCCAGUCAGACCAUGAUUAGGGUUUCCUCUUCAUAAGUUAAAAGCGUUGGUCGCCUCUUCUUCAUAGUUUUGCCUCGCUGAGCAGCUGCAAGAAAGAUCUUCACGACUUCAAGAUGCCGUCGCACAAGUCGUUUAUGAUUAAGAAGAAGCUGGGGAAGAAGAUGAGGCAGAACAGGCCUAUUCCUCACUGGAUUCGUCUCCGUACCGACAACACCAUUAGGUACAAUGCCAAGCGCAGACACUGGCGUAGAACCAAGCUCGGAUUCUAAGUGAUAAGCCUUCUAAAAGACUCUUCUUUAUCUGUUGGGUUUAUUAGCAUUUCCUCAAGUUUGUUUGGAUUUAAGUUAAUGACUUUUUCACUUUUCUGUAAGACUUAUCUCUCUUAUGAUUGAUGUUACCAAAUUUUCUUUCUAUAAGAGAUGUUAUUUCGUAGCAUUUGCUUGACUA